GUACGUAGCACGCUCAUUCCGUGUUAACCAUGUUUCGCGAUCGUAAGAAAAACAUCUUGAUCUUCUCCUUGAAAGCCCUUAACUCUAGGGCGGAGAAGGUCAUAGAUCACAGGUAUAAUUUAGAUAUUACAUCAAGUAAAUUUCAUGGAGAGCGUUGCUUCACGUUUGCAAGUUUAGAUCCGACUAAGCACAGCAACAAAAUUAUGACUAUCGCGACGAUGGGCAGUAGUCGGAGCAAAGCUGAUGCCUACGACGACUCCUCCGGAAGGACUCGCGUUUACCAAGACAACCGACCAUCGAAUAUCUCCAACAUGUCCGGCGCCACCCGCUCCCGCGCCAUAAUCAUGGAGGGUGUCAACACCGUGCUCUCUCUCGGGUCCCGGGAUAAUCCAGUACGGUUCGAGAUCCUCUGGAACCUGGAUCCCGACAAAAUCCUGGAAAUCGUACGACAGCGGAUUUCGGAAGCUUCCGAGUCUCAAAGGAGGGAACUCCACGAGUUUACGGAUCAGACGCACUGGAAAGUCGUUCCGAAUCCGAUUCGACAUGUCCCUCUCGUGGAACUCGGGAUGGGCGCCUUUGGAAUGGUUAUGAAGACGGCCGAUGCGUACUCGGGCGGCGUCAUGGCCGUCAAGCUGCUGCAUAGGCCCAAGAACCAGAAAGAUCCUCGUUGGAUCGAUACGUUGAUAACCGCUCGAGAUCGAGAAAUGUUUAUACUUUCGAAACUCAACCACGGCCAUAUCGUAGAGUACCUCGGCUCGCAAGGCUGGGAUACGGGACUCGUGGAGAUCUUCAUGCCGAUGAAGAAGGGGACGCUCUGCGGCCUCAUAAGGCGAUACCCGUCGUACGACUCCUCGCAGAAGUACGGCAAGAUCGUGCUGGUGCAGCUGCUGUCGGCGCUCGACUACCUGGCGGCCCACAAGCUGAUCCACCGGGACAUCAAGCCGGACAACAUCCUGUACGACGUGACGGCGAAGCCGGACGGGGACGAGCGGCACAUCUUCCAGCUCGCGGACUUCGGGCUGUCGGCGCUGCAGGACCUCGCGCGCAGCCAGGCGGGCACGAUGGUCUUCAUGGCGCCCGAGGUGUACGACGGGACGAAGGCGCAGACGCCGCGCGCGGACAUCUGGUCGCUGUACGUGACGCUGCUGUGGGUGCACAACGAGGACAUGUUCCGGCACCGGGUCGAGACGGGCCGCCUGUACCGGCAGACGGACGUGCGCCGCGCCGUGCUGGACAUCGCCUCCCGCAGCAAGGACCUGCGGUUCAUGCGCGGCAUGGCCAUCUACGACCCGGCGCUACGCGCCUCCGCCGCCCAGGUCCUCAAGGGCCUCAAGCGGGAGGAUCUCAUGACCCACGCCGACGCCGCGCCCACCCACUCCUUCAGCCAGUGGAUGGCCGACGUCAAGGCCGGCAAGAGCAAGUAUAGCCCCUAUCUCACGAAGAUCUUGGAGUAA